GAGACUCGGGACUCAACUCAAUCCACAAUUCGGAGUCGCUUCAACCAGGAGAAAAUACCCUCGUCCUGCUCGUCUGUCUCCAAACAAAAUUAAAGUAGCACUCGUACCUUCGUUGAUUCAAAUCACUAAUUGGCUGCGAACCAUUGUCGAACCGUUGAUAAUCAGUGCUUGAAUAAUUGUGCAUUCCAAGAGAUUGAUAAAUAGUGGACAAAAGUGGAGAAUCGACGCCAGUCAUUGGGAAUUUCAGAUUGAUUUAUACAAAUUUUCAAUCAAUAUGAGGAAUUCUGCUUUACUCAAAUGGGCGCAGAAUUCAACGAAUAAUAAGAAUCAACCGAGCAAGAAUGGAUCAGGAACAAAUAAAAACUGGAUUCAUCCACCAGAUGCGCUCCAAAAGGGACACAUAGCGUACCUAGUCAAGUAUUUGGGAAGUACUGAGGUCGACCAACCCAAGGGGAUUGAAGUAGUCAAGGAGGCCAUCUGCAAACUCAAAUUUAAUCAACAAUUGAGAAAGAGCGAGGGAAGUAAAAUACCAAAAGUUGAGCUCACUAUCAGCAUCGAUGGAGUCGCCAUUCAGGAGCCCAAAACAAAAACUACUCCAAAGCGAAUUAUGCAUCAAUAUCCCUUACACCGUAUUUCCUACUGUGCGGAUGACAAAGGGGAGAAACGAUUCUUCAGUUUCAUCGCUAAAGAAGAGGACGCCGAGCGUCACACGUGCUUUGUAUUCGUGAGUGAUAAAUUGGCUGAGGAAAUAACGUUAACCAUUGGUCAAGCCUUUGGUCUGGCCUACAGAAGAUUUCUGGAGACAUCGGGAAAGGAUUUGGAGACACAGAGACGUUGUAUGGUUCUUCAACAAAAAAUUCGUCGUCUCGAGCAUGAGAACAAUACCUACAGACAGAGAUUACAGGAUAUUUGUUCCAUCAAGGGCUCAGCAGAUGUACAAUCCUACUUAGCUCACCACAAUCUUCCGGACAUUCUACACGUUCCAAUGGCCUCACAAGAUUCUCCCCCAGAUGAUGGAUCGCGAUUGAAUGGAAAUGCUAAAUUAGGAAAGAGUGAUACUAAUGGUAAUACGUCUAAUGGAAGACAACAGCCACCGCCAGUGCCACCGAGGAGUUUCGAUGAUGAUGAUUUCAUGGGAAAUAAACCAGCAACAGUGCCGGCUGUCGGUACCAAGUUGGAGGGACUGCUGAUGGAUGAAUUGGAGGAGGAACUGGAGGAGGAGGAGAACGAGGAGGAGGACUUCAAUCCUCGUGCCUACGAGACAGCUACGAAUGGCUUUGGCCAUCAGAACAGCGGCUCCUUGACAAAUGGAGAGUCCAAAAGUACUUUCCCAGUGAUCAAUGGCAGCUCCACGUCUCCACCGCUCUUGGCACCACCACCAAAGGCCAAAGACUCGAGACGUCAAAAUGGGGUGAAGGAGGAUUUGUUUGGCAGUGUACCUUUCAAUCCCCCAGCCUCUACUACCAAUUCAACGAGUGAUUUUCAUGAUCCCUUCGAAAUGGGAGAAUUUUCAAAUCUCUCGAUGUCUAGCACGAGUCAACAGGAUCUUGAGAAUGCCAUUGGACUGUUGGACAAGAGGUUACUUGAAAUGAAGGAUGGCUUUAGCCGAGGAUUGACAAUGGGAACCGAUGAUUUUUCCCUGGAGAGUCUCGAUCCUCUGCGAAACUGAUGAGGCCAGAAAUUUUUCAACCAACAACAAAGUGAAUAAAAAGGGGAUGAAAUAAAAUUCGCUAACUAUCGGACGAUUGUUUUUUUUUUGCAAGCCAAAAUAAUUCAACGUCUCCAGAGACCAAAAUUAGUCAAUUAAUAUAUUAUUUAUAUAAUGGUGAUGUUUAUUAAUAUUCAUUCAAUUAAGAAUUAUCGUUAAUGUAUCGUUAAUUGUUUUAUCGCGUCUAUUAUAAGAAAAAAAAAAACGUUUUUUCUCAAACGAUAAAAAAGCAUGGCUCUUUGUAUAUUUAGUGACUGUUAUUUUUUUAUUCUGCAAACGUCUCGCAAGGCGAUAAGAUUCAUGAUUAAUUCAUUGAGCAAUUUUUAUGUUCCUCCAAAAUUGAAAGCUUCGAAUGAAGAUAUCGCUUGUCUAGAUAAUUAUCUGGCUUCAUUUUUAAUGCUUUAUACACAUCAACUAAUAAUAAAUAUAUCUGCGAUAAAAAAAAUCACCAACUCAUCAACAUACUUAGUGAAACUAUGAACAGAUGAGAGGGGCAAAAAUAAUUGAAAGUGAGAAUAAAAAUUCAUAAUUCAAAGGAAUACAAUAACUAAGAAUUAA